AUGCUAGAAACAAGGAUAUUAAGAUCAUUACCUCAGGUAAGGAAAUACCUGGUAAAACGCUUUCGAUCUCCCUUUCUGUUUCUUCCUAAUGAAACAAAGCAUAUAUUUGAUGAAGAAAAACUAACACCAGAAGAAAAUAAAGCAGCUAUUCCAUUAAAACCAAAUUACGACAAUUUAGAAAAAAUACAUCAUGAAGUGAUAAAUCCAGAAGAAGUAUCAGAUCUCGUGGUAAAACUUAACUCAAAUGAUAUUCUAGUAAGCAUAUUGUCGAAAGAUGGAUAUCUAUUUGGUGAUAAAAAUUAUUUACUUACAGGAACAAAUAAACCAACCAGGUUCAAGGCUACAAGUAUUUUGAAUAGUUGGUGCCGAAUUUUCAAUAAUCAAAUUAAAGACUUGAAAGAAAUUUCUCCAAUGCAAUUCUGGGAUCCUGUCGUAUCACCCCAAAUCAGUAAAGCUAUUGAAGAAUAUGGAGAUAAUUUUGAAAAACUUUUCCAAGAAACAAGGGCAUUGAAGAAUUCUAAAUUGAAAAAACAUGGAGAUAUCCCACCAUCAGAAUUAGUGGACAUGAUUACGGUGGAUAAUUUGUCACUUUAUGUUUUGAACAACUUGAGUUCUAUUGAAUCCUUAGCAGUAUUUGUUGGGUUUAUGCGGAAUCAUAUUGAAUAUUAUACCGUCGAAGGUUUAAGUGAGAUAUUAGCAAAAUUGACUGAUAUUUGUUAUAGAUUACAUGGCGACAUUGAUUAUGAGUUAUAUUUAUCAGUGAAACAAAAACAUCCUGGUGUCAUUCAGAAACUACCAUCCGAUACUAUUGAUAAAUUGGCCAAUUUGUUAGCCUCAAAGAAUUGGGAGUUAUCCAAGGAGUUGAUCCGGGUGCUUAUCAAGCGAGAUGUGUGUCCUUCAGAAACAACAAUGAAUGAGUUCUUACUCAAUUUCGUUAAUAGUGACCCCGAAACAAAAUUAAAAGAGUUAUCGUUCCUAAAACUGGCCAUUUUUAGCAGAGGAGUGAACGAAUUAUCAUUACAAAUAGUCUUGACAACCAUAAGGAAUAUUCACGAAUUUAGCAAAUUAAUAGAGUUGAUUAAAACCUCAAAUCAAUGCCAAUUAAUCUUAUCAAAAUACCAGCACAUCUUGUUUGCAACAUUGAAAAGAGUGACUACUAAUUUACCGUUACAAAAAGCUCAAUUUGUUAGAGUAUUAACUGAAAACAAUGUCCAUGUUGACAACGAUUUGAUGAGAGUUUUAGAAAACUGA